CGCUUGCUCUCACGCGCUGUUGCAUCGUCCUCGCGGCUUCAUCAAUUUACAGUUUUACUGAAAGACUUUUGACGCCAAAUCGAAGGAGAUCCAAUUUAUUCUCCCUCCAGCUCCUUCAUUGUCAAGCAAAAACAAGACGUAGCUUCUUGUUUGGAGAUUUUUAAUCACCAACUUUCACCUCGAUAUUUUGCAGGAAGAGCGGGAAACACAGCGCUGAGGCUGGACUGACCACAACCAAACAAUUUCAUUUAGUAGGUUGCUUGAUUUUGACAGCGGACUGCUCGAGGCCCCCCCCCUCCCCGCUGUCAGUAUGAGCGCGUGCAGCAGGAAAGCUCUGACUUUGCUGAGCAGCGUCUUUGCAAUCAGCGGCCUGGGGCUGCUGGGAGUUGCGGUCAGUACUGACUACUGGCUGUACCUGGAGGAGGGCAUCAUUAUGCCUCUAAACCAGAGCACCGUCAUCAAGACCUCCCUGCACUCCGGCCUCUGGAGAGUCUGCUUUCUUACAGGUGAGGAGUCUGGCCGUUGCUUCACCAUCGCCUACAUCAUGCCAAUAAACGUCCAGCUGACGUCAGAGUCCACAGUCAACAUGCUCAAGAUGAUCCGCUCGACCACUCCGUUCCCUCUGGUCAGCCUCUUCUUCAUGUUCAUCGGCUUCGUCACCAACAACAUCGGGCACGUUCGGCCUCACCGCACCAUCCUGGCGUUUGUCUCUGGAAUCUUCUUCAUCCUCUCAGGUACGUCUGGCUCUGGUGUUGGUCUUGUGCUUUACAUCUCCAGUAUAAACGAUGAAAUGCUGAACAGGACGAAGAGCAGUGAGGCUUAUGUUAGCUACAAGUACGGCUGGUCCUUUGCCUUUGCCGCCAUCUCUUUCCUGCUCACUGAGAGUGCGGGUGUCAUGUCCGUCUACCUGUUCAUGAAGCGUUACACAUCAGAGCAGAUCUACCAGACUCGACACCCCAGCUUCUACCGGCCUCGCCUCAGUAACUGCUCCGACCACUCGGGUCAGUACCUCCACCCUGAGGCCUGGUCCCGAGGGCGAAGUCCCUCCGACAUCUCUAGUGAUGCUUCGCUCCAGAUGAGCAGCAGCUACCCCACUCUCCUCAAAUGUCCCGACUACGACCAGGUGUCCUCUUCGCCCUGCUGAGGGGUCGCAGAGGUCACCUGAAGAGGUCACUGCAGGAUCACAGAGGCCUGCUGCGGACUGCAGUUUUCUUUUAAGAAAAAAAGUACAGCUUAGAUACUUAACCUUAGCUUUAAUGAUUUACACAUGUGCAGCUGUGGCUUCACCGUGGCCUAAUGACUCUGAAAAUAAGUCCAGCUGAGCCGUUGUUGCUGUUUCUAGAGUCAGAGAUGUUUUUUGGAUUUGAAUUGGUUGUUGCUGUAGCAGAAUCAACAUAUCGUCUAGUUAGAGGCAAGCUUUCCAUUCAAUACAGGGGCCAAAAAAAUAUAUCUAAAAAAAAGAGAGAAGACCUAAACAGAUCUGUAUCAGUGUAUCUGCAGCUACAGUUUUCCACAAACUGAAGCUAGUGAGCUUUCCAAACAAGAUGGUUCAGGAUGACAACACUGCAUUGUUCACCAAUAAUUUGUGAACAGCACCUACAAUUGUGUGUGUGUGUGUGUGUGUGUGUGUGUGUGUGUGUGUGUGUGUGUGUGUGUGUGUGUGUGUGUGUGUGUGGGAGGGGGGCUUUAUCAGGUUUCCUGUUUGUCAAAAGAUGCCUUCACUAGUUUUGUAAACCUAUACACCACCGAGAAUGAUUCUGUAGGAAACGAGGCUUGACCUUAAAAACGACAGCCUUAAAGGUGUUCAUAAAAUGUGAAGCGAUUGUGCAGGUAGUCGCAGGACUUUUUGGUGUAAAAAAAAAGUGAUGUGCCUCUCAGUAGGGGACAUCUCCUGCCUCCUGCAAUCAAAUGGCAUUGCUUGUCCUGUGACACAAUAUAGUUGUAUGCAUCAUUGGAAACAUAUGAAUAUAAUAAAUUAAGCAAGGAUCCACACCGGUGUCACUCUAACCAGCUAUUUUAGUCAGUAUCAGUGAUUACACAAUAAAAGCAUCUGUAUUUUAGAAAAGUUGUACCAUGCUACAUGCUUUUCUCCCAUAAGCAAAGGUAUGUAACAAGUGAUGCAAUGGAAGGACAGAGGAAAGAGACUCAAGACUCCUGUCAAAAAGCAUCCGUCCUGCUGUUGUGUUUUUCUUCUAUUGAGAGGUGUUGUUUUGUCUCAAACAUCUGACUCUGUAGGCAAGAAGAAAACCCUUCUACAUGAUGUCCAGAACAGCAAAACAUGAUGAAAUGUUCAUAUUUGUGUGUCAUCAAAUAAUAAUUUCUCUGGUCCCUGCGGCGACCCAUCCACUUGAAAACACGCAGACUGAACCAGCUGAGAUCACACACAUUUGUUUUGCUGUUACUUGAAUUCAUGUAAAAAUGUAAAGUCAAUGAGGAUGCUUCUUUCUGAAUGACAUUUCUCAUGUAGCUACACUGAAGACUAAUCAUCUGAAAAAUCAUUUUUUUCACACAGUAAUUCAUCUUGUAUCCACUAGGGGGCAGUGCUUGGCCUUUUUUGUGUUGAGGCAGAAUUGUAUCUUAACAUGUCAGCUUGUUGAACAGCUUUUGAGCUACUUUGGAACAUUUGUCUUCUAAAGGUUAAAUCUGUAAGAUAUCUACUGAAAGAAAUCAUAGUGACCUAACUAUAUGACAGACAUUAAGGAAACAUGCUGUGUUAAAGUGCUGACUUCUCUGACAACAAUGCAGCAGCCAGUGUAUUCUCCUUCUAGGUUUAGAUUCUGAUCCUGAAUGAUCUGUUUUUGAUUGGACUGAGAAUGUAGGCGGUUUUAAAGCACCCCCUCACGGCCGUUUUGGACGCCCCUCAGUUUCCAGGCAAAACGAACAGGUGUUGCAGUGAUGAGGGGGCGAGUGAACUGGUUCAGAACUGAUUCCAUUUUUUCUAAUAAGAUGGAGAGAGGUUAGAACGCAGAAAGGUUUCCAGACUGAUGCGGAGCCGUUACAUAUUGCUCCUUUACAUUUGUUAACUUAUUUACUUUUUGAUAAGUUGUUUGUGUGUGAAAUGAAGGCUGCAAUUAUUUUCAUUUUCAGUUACUUUGCGGUUUACUUCUGUGGUUCAUCUAUUAGUCGAGUAGUCUUUUGUGAAAUUAAGAUGAUUCAAGAUUUCUUAAUGAAUGCUAAUCAUACAUCUCUGUAUAAAGUGUAUAAAUUGACCACCUUUUCAAGACUUAUUUACUUUUUAUUUUAUGAUUGUUUAUUCAGACUGUUUUCCUUUAAAUGAACUUUUUAUAAUCAUUAUGUAAAGACAAUACGAAAUGCUGACCCAUACUGUCCUGCUUUAUGCUGAUUCAUUCAUUUAAUCAUACAACGCCUGGGUCUAACCGGCUUUCAUCAGGUACUAAGAUGGAAACGUUUGAAUAAAUAAACGUAUCAGCAUGAAGUGACACAGUGUGCAGGAGCCUUUCUCAUUGUCUUUAAGUUUGA